CUACCUACGAGAGAGGAAGGUGCGUGCGACACCACUACGAGCUAGCUAGAGGAAUAUUAGUAAAGGAUAAUUAAGCUACAGUCCCCUAAAUUAAUUAUUCUUUUGCUCCUCCUCGCUUGCCACUCGAGCAAGAAUCCCGGAGGGCGAAGUUGCCGGCGGUAGAAGAAAGCACACAAUGCCUUUCCUGCCAAAGCGAUACUUCACAGCCCAUCCCGCUUUACAUACUAUAUAUAUACAAACUCAUUCGCUCUCUUAUUUAAUAAGAUUAUAGGCAUUCCCCAUGGCCAAAUUACUCCAAGCCCUAUGGGACCGAGCUCAAGGCAAGUCGCAUGUGCGAAGAAUAUGUGACAAGGUAUUUAAUGAUUGUGCUGAUAACAAUCGUUUGGAUCUAAACAAGCUCCAUGUUGCAACUUUGAUGGUUUACAAUUCUAUUAACAAGCAAUUACUUAGUCCGCAUAAAGAACCUCCCCCUAUGUCAAAUGUUGCUGCUAAGAUACAGGCUUACAGGUCGAAAGAAAUUAACGACCUUAAAAGUGAACAAUUCUAUGAAUUGAUCAUCGAGUGGAUGAGGAACGACCUGCGCCUUAUUUUCGUAAACAGAGCUGUGCUCGCAUUCCUGGCCGCACCGGCGCUCGCGGUCAUGACGAAAAACGCGGCGAGGCGGGUCCCUCGCGUAGGGAGUGUAGUGGAGAAGGUCCCAACCCCUCUUCUAUUCUCUGUUUACUCUGUGGGGCUUGUUCUUCUUCAAGAUGCCAGGGUGGGCUAGCAGUAGAAAAGUGUUAUCACGGACAAUGCUACAAAGUACAGAUCAAUAUUGGUACAGUUAAUUGGUUGCUUGUAAGGUCGCUGUUAUUUGAAUAAUUUGCAACUUUAGAUUGUUGUACUGUUGGAAUUAAUGAAAAAUCCACCGGGAGUUGAAUAACUACUGCCCUCAGAGGGGCACGAAUGAAUGUUCUUUCUUUCCCAGGGUUUUCCCGCA